AAAGUGGUCGCAGGGUGUGUGGCCCCAAAGAUCCCAGGCGCUUCCGGGAGGCGAGCCAACGCUCCCCAGGCCCGUCCGCGAGCGGAUGGGCCUAGGCCUUGGAGGAUCUGGGGUGCGGGUGGCGCGGGGUCCAGGCCCGGGGCGCCGAGAGGUGGCUGGUCCGGCUGCCCACGCCGAGACGCGCGAGGUGAGCGGGCGCCGGGGCGGGGCGGGGCGGGGCCGCCGCAUCCCCGUGACGCGCCGGCCAACCAGGCGGCGUUGCGGCCCCGGCUCCCCGCGGCGGCGCCGCCGCCGCCGCCGCCGCCGCCGCCGCCAGCAGCCGGGCCCGAUCACCCGCCGCCGCCGCCGCCGCCGCCGCCGCCGCCGCCAGCAGCCGGGCCCGAUCACCCGCCGCCGCCGCCGCCGCCGCCGCCGCCGCCAGCAGCCGGGCCGAUCACCCGCCGCCGCCGCCGCCGCCGCCGCCGCCAGCAGCCGGGCCCGAUCACCCGCCGCCGCCGCCGCCGCCGCCGCCGCCGCCGCCGCCAGCAGCCGGGCCCGAUCACCCGCCGCCGCCGCCGCCGCCGCCGCCGCCAGCAGCCGGCCCGAUCACCCGCCGCCGCCGCCACCGCCGCCGCCGCCAGCAGCCGGGCCCGAUCACCCGCCGCCGCCGCCGCCGCCGCCGCCGCCGCCGCCGCCAGCAGCCGGGCCGAUCACCCGCCGCCGCCGCCGCCGCCGCCGCCGCCAGCAGCCGGGCCGAUCACCCGCCGCCGCCGCCGCCGCCGCCGCCGCCAGCAGCCGGGCCCGAUCACCCGCCGCCGCCGCCGCCGCCGCCGCCGCCAGCAGCCGGGCCCGAUCACCCGCCGCCGCCGCCGCCACCGCCGCCGCCGCCACCGCCGCCGCCGCCAGCAGCCGGGCCCGAUCACCCGCCGCCGCCGCCGCCGCCAGCAGCCGGGCCGAUCACCCGCCGCCGCCGCCGCCGCCGCCGCCGCCGCCGCCAGCAGCCGGGCCCGAUCACCCGCCGCCGCCGCCGCCAGCAGCCGGGCCCGAUCACCCGCCGCCGCCGCCGCCGCCGCCGCCGCCGCCAGCAGCCGGGCCCGAUCACCCGCCGCCCGAUCACCCGCCGCCGCCUGCGCCACCGGCAUGGCGUUCAGGGGCUUCUGCAGCGCCGAUGGCUCCGACCCGCUCUCGGACUGGAAUGUCACGUGGAAUACCAGCAACCCGGACUUCACCAAGUGCUUCCUCGUGUGGGUGCCUUGUUUUUACCUCUGGGCCUGUUUCCCCUUCUACUUCCUCUAUCUCUCCCGACAUGACCGAGGCUACAUUCAGAUGACACCUCUCAACAAAACCAAAACUGCCUUGGGAUUUUUGCUGUGGAUCGUGUGCUGGGCAGACCUCUUCUACUCUUUCUGGGAAAGAAGUCGGGGCAUAUUCCUGGCCCCAGUGUUUCUGGUCAGCCCAACUCUCUUGGGCAUCACCAUGCUGCUUGCUACCUUUUUAAUUCAGCUGGAGAGGAGGAAGGGAGUUCAGUCUUCAGGGAUCAUGCUCACUUUCUGGCUGGUAGCCCUAGUGUGUGCCCUAGCCAUCCUGAGAUCCAAAAUUAUGACAGCCUUAAAAGAGGAUGCCCAGGUGGACCUGUUUCGUAACAUCACUUUCUGCGUCUACUUUUCCCUCUUACUCAUUCAGCUCGUCUUGUCCUGUUUCUCAGAUCGCUCACGCCUGUUCUCGGAAAACCACGACCCUAAUCCCUGCCCAGAGUCCAGCGCUUCCUUCCUGUCGAGGAUCACCUUCUGGUGGAUCACAGGGUUGAUUGUCCGGGGCUACCGCCAGCCCCUGGAGGGCAGUGACCUCUGGUCCUUAAACAAGGAGGACACGUCGGAACAAGUCGUGCCUGUUUGGGUAAAGAAGUGGAAGAAGGAAUGCGCCAAGACUAGGAAGCAGCCGGUGAAGGUCGUGUACUCCUCCAAGGAUCCUGCCCAGCCGAAAGAGAGUUCCAAGGUGGAUGCGAAUGAGGAAGUGGAGGCUUUGAUUGUCAAGUCCCCACAGAAGGAGUGGAACCCCUCUCUGUUUAAGGUGUUAUACAAGACCUUUGGGCCCUACUUCCUCAUGAGCUUCUUCUUUAAGGCCAUCCACGACCUGAUGAUGUUUUCCGGGCCGCAGAUCUUAAAGUUGCUCAUCAAGUUCGUGAACGACACGAAGGCCCCAGACUGGCAGGGCUACUUCUACACCGUGCUGCUGUUUGUCACUGCCUGCCUGCAGACCCUCGUGCUGCACCAGUACUUCCACAUCUGCUUUGUCAGUGGCAUGAGGAUCAAGACCGCUGUCAUUGGGGCUGUCUAUCGGAAGGCCCUGGUGAUCACCAAUUCAGCCAGAAAAUCCUCCACGGUCGGGGAGAUUGUCAACCUCAUGUCUGUGGACGCUCAGAGGUUCGUGGACUUGGCCACAUACAUCAACAUGAUCUGGUCAGCCCCCCUGCAAGUCAUCCUUGCUCUCUACCUCCUGUGGCUGAACCUGGGCCCCUCCGUCCUGGCUGGAGUGGCGGUGAUGGUCCUCAUGGUGCCCGUCAAUGCUGUGAUGGCGAUGAAGACCAAGACGUAUCAGGUGGCCCUGUGCACGUUUGCCGUCUAUGUGACCAUUGACGAGAACAACAUCCUGGAUGCCCAGACAGCCUUCGUGUCUUUGGCCUUGUUCAACAUCCUCCGGUUUCCCCUGAACAUUCUUCCGAUGGUCAUCAGCAGCAUCGUGCAGGAGCUGGAACCUGACAGCAUCGAGCGACGGCCUGUCAAAGACGGCGGGGGCACGAACAGCAUCACCGUGAGGAAUGCCACAUUCACCUGGGCCAGGAGCGACCCACCCACACUGAAUGGCAUCACCUUCUCCAUCCCCGAAGGUGCUUUGGUGGCCGUGGUGGGCCAGGUGGGCUGCGGAAAGUCGUCCCUGCUCUCAGCCCUCUUGGCUGAGAUGGACAAAGUGGAGGGGCACGUGGCUAUCAAGGGCUCCGUGGCCUAUGUGCCACAGCAGGCCUGGAUUCAGAAUGAUUCUCUCCGAGAAAACAUCCUUCUUGGAUGUCAGCUGGAGGAACCAUAUUACAGGUCCGUGAUACAGGCCUGUGCCCUCCUCCCAGACCUGGAAAUCCUGCCCAGCGAGGAUCGGACAGAGAUUGGCGAGAAGGGCGUGAACCUGUCUGGGGGCCAGAAGCAGCGCAUGAGCCUGGCCCGGGCCGUGUACUCCAACGCUGACAUUUACCUCUUCGAUGAUCCCCUCUCAGCAGUGGAUGCCCAUGUGGGAAAACACAUCUUUGAAAAUGUGAUUGGCCCCAAGGGGAUGCUGAAGAACAAGACGCGGAUCUUGGUCACGCAGAGCAUGAGCUACUUGCCGCAGGUGGACGUCAUCAUCGUCAUGAGUGGCGGCAAGAUCUCUGAGAUGGGCUCCUACCAGGAGCUGCUGGCCCGAGACGGCGCCUUCGCUGAGCUCCUGCGUACCUAUGCCAGCACAGAGCAGGAGCAGGACGCAGAGGAGAACGUGACCUUGAGGAACCCUGGGAGCUCAGGAAGGAAGGAGCGCCCAGAAGCAGGGACAGGGAGCUGGUUGGGGAGGACCAGAAAUCAGGUUAUCAAUACUCUGGCUGACCAUCAUCAUCGUGGGACUGACUUUGGUGGAAGUCCUUGGUUAGAUAUCAUUAUUGAAUUUCCGAGAAGUUAUAAAGUUGUCAUUAUCCUCUGGACAGUUUACCUUUGGUUGUCUUUCCUGAAGACUAUCUUCCAGUCUGAAAAGGGACAUGAUGGAUCCACAGAUGUACAGCAGAGAGCCUGGAGGUCCAACCGCCGUAGACAGGAAGGGCUGAGGUCCAUUUGUAUGCACACAAAGAAAAGAGUUUCUUCCUUUCCAGGAAAUAAAAUUGGCCGGAAAGACGUCAUUACUCUAUGGAGACAUGUGAAAACAAAAGUUACGCCUAAAAUCCGUAAGAUGAAGGUGACAACGAAAAUCAACCAUCAUGACAAAAUCAGUGGAAAGAGGAAGACCGCCAAAAAACAGAAAAUGUUUCAACGUGCGCAAGAGUUGCGGCGGCGGGCAGAGGACUACCACAAACGCAAAAUCCCCCCUUCUGCAAGAAAGCCUCUUUGCAACUGGGUCAGAAUGGCGGCAGCGCAGCAUCGUCAUUCUUCAGGAUUGCCCCACUGGCCCUACCUCACAGCUGAAACUUUAAAAAACAGGAUGGGCCACCAGCCACCUCCUCCAACUCAACAACAUUCUAUAACUGAUAACUCCCUGAGCCUCAAGACACAUGCCGAAUGUCUGGUCUAUCCCCUUCCACCCUCAGCGGAUGAUAAUCUCACGACGCCUCCCGAGUGUUUCCUCACUCCUCUUCCACCCUCAGCUCCACCCUCAGCAGAUGAUAAUCUCAAGACACCUCCCUUAGCUACUCAGGAGGCUGAGGCAGAAAAACCACCCAAACCCGAGAGAGAGAGGGCCGCUGACGUGGAACCACCACCGAAACCCGAGAGGCGGAGGGCCGCUGACGUGCAACCAUCACGGAAACCCGAGAGGCGGAGGGCCGCAGUGGAUAAGACACCUGCCGAGUUUCUGGUCUAUCCCCUUCCACCCUCAGCGGAUGAUAAUCUCGAAAUGCCUCUCGAGUGUCUCCUCACUCCUCUUCCACCCUCACCUCCACCCUCAGCGGAUGAUAAUCUCAAGACACCUCCCUUAGCUACUCAGGAGGCUGAGGCAGAAAAACCACCCAAACCCGAGAGACAGAGGGCCGCUGACGUGGAACCACCACCGAAACCCGAGAGGCGGAGGGCCGCUGACGUGCAACCAUCACGGAAACCCGAGAGGCGGAGGGCCGCUGACGUGCAACCAUCAGGGAAACCCGAGAGGCGGAGGACCACUGACGUGCAAGCAUCACGGAAACCCGAGAGGCGGAGGGCCGCAGUGGAUAAGACACCUGCCGAGUUUCUGGUCUAUCCCCUUCCACCCUCAGCGGAUGAUAAUCUCGAAACGCCUCUCGAGUGUCUCCUCGCUCCUCUUCCACCCUCACGUCUAUCCCCAGCUCCACCCUCAGCGGAUGAUAAGACACCUGCCGAGUUUCUGGUCUAUCCCCUUCCACCCUCAGCGGAUGAUAAUCUCGAAACGCCUCUCGAGUGUCUCCUCACUCCUCUUCCACCCUCACCUCCACCCUCAGCUCCACCCUCAGCGGAUGAUAAUCUCAAGACACCUCCCUUAGCUACUCAGGAGGCUGAGGCAGAAAAACCACCCAAACCCGAGAGACAGAGGGCCGCUGACGUGGAACCACCACCGAAACCCGAGAGGCGGAGGGCCGCUAACGUGCAACCAUCACGGAAACCUGAGAGGCGGAGGGCCGCUGACGUGCAACCAUCAUGGAAACCCGAGAGGCGGAGGACCACUGACGUGCAACCAUCACGGAAACCCGAGAGGCGGAGGGCCGCAGUGGAUAAGACACCUGCCGAGUUUCUGGUCUAUCCCCUUCCACCCUCAGCGGAUGAUAAUCUCGAAAUGCCUCUCGAGUGUCUCCUCACUCCUCUUCCACCCUCACCUCCACCCUCAGCGGAUGAUAAUCUCAAGACACCUCCCUUAGCUACUCAGGAGGCUGAGGCAGAAAAACCACCCAAACCCGAGAGAGAGAGGGCCGCUGACGUGGAACCACCACCGAAACCCGAGAGGUGGAGGGCCGCUGACGUGCAACCAUCACGGAAACCCGAGAGGCGGAGGGCCGCUGACGUGCAACCAUCAGGGAAACCCGAGAGGCGGAGGACCACUGACGUGCAACCAUCACGGAAACCCGAGAGGCGGAGGGCCGCAGUGGAUAAGACACCUGCCGAGUUUCUGGUCUAUCCCCUUCCACCCUCAGCGGAUGAUAAUCUCGAAAUGCCUCUCGAGUGUCUCCUCACUCCUCUUCCACCCUCACCUCCACCCUCAGCGGAUGAUAAUCUCAAGACACCUCCCUUAGCUACUCAGGAGGCUGAGGCAGAAAAACCACCCAAACCCGAGAGAGAGAGGGCCGCUGACGUGGAACCACCACCGAAACCCGAGAGGCGGAGGGCCGCUGACGUGCAACCAUCACGGAAACCCGAGAGGCGGAGGGCCGCUGACGUGCAACCAUCAGGGAAACCCGAGAGGCGGAGGACCACUGACGUGCAACCAUCACGGAAACCCGAGAGGCGGAGGGCCGCAGUGGAUAAGACACCUGCCGAGUUUCUGGUCUAUCCCCUUCCACCCUCAGCGGAUGAUAAUCUCGAAAUGCCUCUCGAGUGUCUCCUCACUCCUCUUCCACCCUCACCUCCACCCUCAGCGGAUGAUAAUCUCAAGACACCUCCCUUAGCUACUCAGGAGGCUGAGGCAGAAAAACCACCCAAACCCGAGAGAGAGAGGGCCGCUGACAUGGAACCACCACCGAAACCCGAGAGGCGGAGGGCCGCUGACGUGCAACCAUCACGGAAACCCGAGAGGCGGAGGGCCGCUGACGUGCAACCAUCAGGGAAACCCGAGAGGCGGAGGACCACUGACGUGCAACCAUCACGGAAACCCGAGAGGCGGAGGGCCGCAGUGGAUAAGACACCUGCCGAGUUUCUGGUCUAUCCCCUUCCACCCUCAGCGGAUGAUAAUCUCGAAAUGCCUCUCGAGUGUCUCCUCACUCCUCUUCCACCCUCACCUCCACCCUCAGCGGAUGAUAAUCUCAAGACACCUCCCUUAGCUACUCAGGAGGCUGAGGCAGAAAAACCACCCAAACCCGAGAGAGAGAGGGCCGCUGACAUGGAACCACCACCGAAACCCGAGAGGCGGAGGGCCGCUGACGUGCAACCAUCACGGAAACCCGAGAGGCGGAGGGCCGCAGUGGAUAAGACACCUGCCGAGUUUCUGGUCUAUCCCCUUCCACCCUCAGCGGAUGAUAAUCUUGAAACGCCUCUCGAGUGUCUCCUCGCUCCUCUUCCACCCUCACGUCUAUCCCCAGCUCCACCCUCAGCGGAUGAUAAGACACCUGCCGAGUUUCUGGUCUAUCCCCUUCCACCCUCAGCAGAUGAUAAUCUCGAAACGCCUCUCGAGUGUCUCCUCACUCCUCUUCCACCCUCACCUCCACCCUCAGCUCCACCCUCAGCGGAUGAUAAUCUCAAGACACCUCCCUUAGCUACUCAGGAGGCUGAGGCAGAAAAACCACCCAAACCCGAGAGACAGAGGGCCGCUGACGUGGAACCACCACCGAAACCCGAGAGGCGGAGGGCCGCUGACGUGCAACCAUCACGGAAACCCGAGAGGCGGAGGGCCGCUGACGUGCAACCAUCAUGGAAACCCGAGAGGCGGAGGACCACUGACGUGCAACCAUCACGGAAACCCGAGAGGCGGAGGGCCGCAGUGGAUAAGAUACCUGCCGAGUUUCUGGUCUAUCCUCUUCCACCCUCAGCGGAUGAUAAUCUCGAAACACCUCUUGAGUGUCUCCUCGCUCCUCUUCCACCCUCACGUCUAUCCCCAGCUCCACCCUCAGCGGAUGAUAAGACACCUGCCGAGUUUCUGGUCUAUCCCCUUCCACCCUCAGCGGAUGAUAAUCUCGAAACGCCUCUCGAGUGUCUCCUCACUCCUCUUCCACCCUCACCUCCACCCUCAGCUCCACCCUCAGCGGAUGAUAAUCUCAAGACACCUCCCUUAGCUACUCAGGAGGCUGAGGCAGAAAAACCACCCAAACCCGAGAGAGAGAGGGCCGCUGACGUGGAACCACCACCGAAACCCGAGAGGCGGAGGGCCGCUGACGUGCAACCAUCACGGAAACCCGAGAGGCGGAGGGCCGCUGACGUGCAACCAUCAGGGAAACCCGAGAGGCGGAGGACCACUGACGUGCAAGCAUCACGGAAACCCGAGAGGCGGAGGGCCGCAGUGGAUAAGACACCUGCUGAGUUUCUGGUCUAUCCCCUUCCACCCUCAGCGGAUGAUAAUCUCGAAACGCCUCUCGAGUGUCUCCUCGCUCCUCUUCCACCCUCACGUCUAUCCCCAGCUCCACCCUCAGCGGAUGAUAAGACACCUGCCGAGUUUCUGGUCUAUCCCCUUCCACCCUCAGCGGAUGAUAAUCUCGAAACGCCUCUCGAGUGUCUCCUCACUCCUCUUCCACCCUCACCUCCACCCUCAGCGGAUGAUAAUCUCAAGACAUCUCCCUUAGCUACUCAGGAGGCUGAGGCAGAAAAACCACCCAAACCCGAGAGACAGAGGGCCGCUGACGUGGAACCACCACCGAAACCCGAGAGGCGGAGGGCCGCUGACGUGCAACCAUCACGGAAACCCGAGAGGCGGAGGGCCGCUGACGUGCAACCAUCAUGGAAACCCGAGAGGCGGAGGACCACUGACGUGCAACCAUCACGGAAACCCGAGAGGCGGAGGGCCGCAGUGGAUAAGACACCUGCCGAGUUUCUGGUCUAUCCUCUUCCACCCUCAGCGGAUGAUAAUCUCGAAACACCUCUGGAGUGUCUCCUCGCUCCUCUUCCACCCUCACGUCUAUCCCCAGCUCCACCCUCAGCGGAUGAUAAGACACCUGCCGAGUUUCUGGUCUAUCCCCUUCCACCCUCAGCGGAUGAUAAUCUCGAAACGCCUCUCGAGUGUCUCCUCACUCCUCUUCCACCCUCACCUCCACCCUCAGCUCCACCCUCAGCGGAUGAUAAUCUCAAGACACCUCCCUUAGCUACUCAGGAGGCUGAGGCAGAAAAACCACCCAAACCCGAGAGAGAGAGGGCCGCUGACGUGGAACCACCACCGAAACCCGAGAGGCGGAGGGCCGCUGACGUGCAACCAUCACGGAAACCCGAGAGGCGGAGGGCCGCUGACCUGCAACCAUCAGGGAAACCCGAGAGGCGGAGGACCACUGACGUGCAACCAUCACGGAAACCCGAGAGGCGGAGGGCCGCAGUGGAUAAGACACCUGCCGAGUUUCUGGUCUAUCCCCUUCCACCCUCAGCGGAUGAUAAUCUCGAAAUGCCUCUCGAGUGUCUCCUCACUCCUCUUCCACCCUCACCUCCACCCUCAGCUCCACCCUCAGCGGAUGAUAAUCUCAAGACACCUCCCUUAGCUACUCAGGAGGCUGAGGCAGAAAAACCACCGAAACCCGAGAGGCGGAGGGCCACUGACGUGGAACCACCACUGAAACCCGAGACGCGGAGCGCCGCUGAUGUGCAGCCAUCACGGAAACCCGAGAGGCGGAGGGCCGCUGACCUGGAAUCACCACCGAAACCCGAGAGGCGGAGCGCCGCUGAUGCGCAGCCGUCGCCGAAACCCGAGAGGCGGAGCGCCGCUGACGUGCAGCCGUCGCCGAAACCUGAGAGGCGGAGGGCCGCUGACCUGGAAUCACCACCGAAACCCGAGAGGCGGAGGGCCGCUGACCUGGAAUCACCACCGAAACCCGAGAGGCGGAGCGCUGCUGACACGCAACCAUCACCGAAAACCGAGAGGCGGAGCGCCACUGACGCGCAGCCGUCGCCGAAACCUGAGAGGCGGAGGGCCGCUGACCUGGAAUCACCACCGAAACCCGAGAGGCGGAGCGCCGCUGACGCGCAGCCGUCGCCGAAACCCGAGAGGCGGAGCGCCGCUGACGUGCAGCCGUCGCUGAAACCUGAGAGGCGGAGGGCCGCUGACCUGGAAUCACCACCGAAACCCGAGAGGCGGAGGGCCGCUGACCUGGAAUCACCACUGAAACCUGAGAGGCGGAGGGCCGCUGACCUGGAAUCACCACCGAAACCCGAGAGGCGGAGCGCCGCUGACGUUCAACCAUCACCAAAACCCGAGAGGCGGAGCGCCGCUGACGCGCAACCAUCACUGAAACCCGAGAGGCGGAGCGCCGCUGACGCGCAGCCGUCUCCGAAACCUGAGAGGCGGAGGGCCGCUGACCUGGAAUCACCACCGAAACCCGAGAGGCGGAGCGCCGCUGACCUGGAAUCACCACCGAAACCCGAGAGGCGGAGGGCCGCUGACGCGCAACCAUCACCGAAACCUGAGAGGCGGAGGGCCGCUGACGCGCAGCCAUCACCGAAACCCGAGAGGCGGAGCGCCGCUGACGCGCAGCCAUCACCGAAACCCGAGAGGCGGAGGGCCGCUGACGCGCAGCCGUCGCCGAAACCCAAGAGGCGGAGCGCCGCUGACGCGGAACCAUCAUCACCCGAACCCAAGAGGCGGAGGGUCGCUGACGUGGAACCGCCAUGCAAACCCCCACGCAAACCCAAGAGGCGGUGGGCCGCUGACAGGCAACGGCCACGCAAACCCCCACGCAAACCCAAGAGGUGGAGCGCCGUUGAGGCGCAGCCGUCGCCGAAACCUGAGAGGCGGAGCGCCACUGACGCGGAACCUCCACGCAAGCCCAAGAGGCAGAGGUCCGCUGACGUGAAACCAUCAUCACCCGAACCCAAGAGGCGGAGGGUCGCUGACGUGGAACCGCCACACAAACCCAAGAGGCGGAGGGUCGCUGACGUGAGACGGCCACGCAAACCCCCACGCAAACCCAAGAGGUGGAGCGCCGCUAAGGCGCAGCCGUCGCCGAAACCCGAGGGGCGGAGCGCCGCUGAGGCGCAGCCGUCGCCGAAACCCGAGGGGCGGAGCGCCGCUGACACGCAGCCGUCGCCGAAACCCGAGGGGCGGAGCGCCGCUGACACGCAGCCAUCACCGACACCUGAGAGGCGGAGCGCCGCUGACACGCAGCCAUCACCGACACCUGAGAGGCGGAGCGCCGCUGACCUGGAAUCACCACCGAAACCCGAGAGGCGGAGCGCCGCUGACGCGCAGCCGUCGCCGAAACCCGAGGGGCGGAGCGCCGCUGAGGCGCAGCCGUCGCCGAAACCCGAGGGGCGGAGCGCCGCUGAGGCGCAGCCGUCGCCGAAACCCGAGGGGCGGAGCGCCGCUGACGCGCAGCCGUCGCUGAAACCCGAGGGGCGGAGCGCCGCUGAGGCGCAGCCGUCGCCGAAACCCGAGGGGCGGAGCGCCGCUGACGCGCAGCCGUCGCCGAAACCCGAGGGGCGGAGCGCCGCUGACCUGGAAUCACCACCGAAACCCGAGAGGCGGAGCGCCGCUGACACGCAGCCAUCACCGACACCUGAGAGGCGGAGCGCCGCUGACACGCAGCCAUCACCGAUACCUGAGAGGCGGAGCGCCGCUGACCUGGAAUCACCACCGAAACCCGAGAGGCGGAGCGCCGCUGAGGCGCAGCCGUCGCCGAAACCCGAGAGGCGGAGCACCGCUGACGCGCAGCCGUCGCCGAAACCCGAGAGGCGGAGCGCCGUUGACGCGCAGCCGUCGCCGAAACCCGAGAGGCGGAGCGCCGCUGACGCGCAAGCAUCACCGAAACCCGAGAGGCGGAGCGCCGCUGACGCGCAGCCGUCGCCGAAACCCGAGAGGCGGAGCGCCGCUGACCUGGAAUCACCACCGAAACCCGAGAGGCGGAGCGCCGCUGACACGCAGCCAUCACCGAAACCUGAGCGGUGGAGCGCCGCUGACACGCAGCCAUCACCGAAACCCGAGAGGCGGAGCGCCGUUGACGCGCAGCUGUCGCCGAAACCCGAGAGGCGGAGCGCCGCUGACCUGGAAUCACCACCGAAACCCGAGAGGCGGAGCGCCGCUGACACGCAGCCAUCACCGAAACCUGAGCGGUGGAGCGCCGCUGACCUGGAAUCACCACCGAAACCCGAGAGGCGGAGCGCCGCUGACACGCAGCCAUCACCAAAACCCGAGAGGCGGAGCGCCGCUGACCUGGAAUCACCACCGAAACCCGAGAGGCGGAGCGCCGCUGACUCGCAGCCGUCGCCGAAACCCGAGAGGCGGAGGGCCGCUGACGCGCAGCCGUCAUUGAAACCCGAGAGGCGGAGCGCCGCUGACUCGCAGCCGUCGCCGAAACCUGAGAGGCGGAGCGCCGCUGACGCGCAGCCGUCGCCGAAACCCGAGAGGCGGAGCGCCGCUGACCUGGAAUCACCACCGGAACCCGAGAGGCGGAGCGCCGCUGACACGCAGCCAUCAUCGAAACCCGAGAGGCGGAGCGCCGCUGACGCGCAGCUGUCGCCGAAACCCGAGAGGCGGAGCGCCGCUGAUGCGCAGCCGUCGCCGAAACCCGAGAGGCGGAGCGCCGCUGACCUGGAAUCACCACCGGAACCCGAGAGGCGGAGCGCCGCUGACGCGCAGCCGUCGCCGAAACCCGAGGGGCGGAGCGCCGCUGAGGCGCAGCCGUCGCCGAAACCCGAGGGGCGGAGCGCCGCUGAUGCGCAGCCGUCGCCGAAACCCGAGAGGCGGAGCGCCGCUGACCUGGAAUCACCACCGGAACCCGAGAGGCGGAGCGCCGCUGACACGCAGCCAUCAUCGAAACCCGAGAGGCGGAGCGCCGCUGACGCGCAGCUGUCGCCGAAACCCGAGAGGCGGAGCGCCGCUGAUGCGCAGCCGUCGCCGAAACCCGAGAGGCGGAGCGCCACUGCUGACGCGCAGCCGUCGCCGAAACCCGAGAGGCGGAGCGCCGCUGACGCGGAACCGCCUCGCAAACCCAAGAGGCGGAGGGCAGCUGACAUUGAACCAUCAUCACCCGAACCCAAGAGGCGGAGGGUAGGUGACGUGGAACUGCCACGCAAACCCAAGAGGCCGAGGGCCGCCGACGUGGAACCAUCAUUACCCGAACCCAAGAGGCGGAGGGUCGGUGACAUGGAACUGCCACGCAAACGCAAGAGGCCGCAGGCCGCCGACAUGGAACCAUCAUUACCCGAACCCAAGAGGCGGAGGUUGAAUUAGCUGAGAACAGGCCAUUGCACUCAAGCCUGAGCAAUAAGAAUAAAACUGAGUAGAACAAAAUAAAAAAAUCAAAAAACAAAACAAAACCGACACUCCAAAAACAAAGAAUAAAUAAAUAAUAUAAAAAUAAAAUAAA